AGGAUUUAUGUUAGCAUAAAAACAAACAAAAACAAUCCGAAAGCGAGUGUUAUUUAUUUACUUAUUAAUUUUGAAUAAUUUCUACACUUUUACUGUUUGACUCUGAAAUCGUGUUUUAUUUGCAUUUCUGUCAGGAGUAUACUCCAGUGUUUGUGUAAAACUGCUGACAAUGCAGGAUCUCCCUGCGGCUGUAUUUUUAGCACGCUAACGUUUGCUAGCUAGUCUUAGCUGAUUAGCCGAAAUGUUUUUGUUCUGGUUUAUUAAAAAUAAAUUGUAAUGUUUCAAACGGACGUAUCGGAUUCAAUAGCAUAAGAAAGUUUUUAUCUGAAAUUUGCGUGAACUAGCUAGCUAACAUUCUUAUUUUAUGGUCACACCGCUGUGACAUGCAAGCUAGCUUAGCUUAGCAUAGCCUAGCCUAGCCUAGCCUAGCUUAAUGAAAUGAAAUGACCUGGAAGAACGGAGGAAGAACGGAAGAUUCGCGGAUGGAAAUGAAUCACUUUAUUGGUUCAGAAUUAAUUAUAUUUUAAAAAACUGCAUGAUUAAUUAAAGAUCAGCUCCGGAGCUGUGGAGGAGAUUUAACUGUUAAAAAAAAGUCAAGUAAUUGUUUUGUUUAAAAUUGAAAUAUUUAUUCCUUUUUUAAAUUUCUUUCUUCCAAAUGUAAUUAAAGCUGCUCUGUUUCCCCCCUGAAUCAGAGAGACAAAGGAUCCGAAACGCUGUCGUUUUUCAUUUUUAACAAAAGUUUUGUUUUCUCGUUGUUGCACUUUUUUAAGUGCCUUGUGACGUCAUUGCCAUAAAGUGGGCGUGGCCUACGAACACGCUCGCCUGUCAGUCAAAGUUUAUGUCCUCGGUUUGUUUCUGAACCGAAAGAAUAUGUUUGUUUUUGUUGUUGUUUAUUUCGGUUUGAAUGACAUAAAAAGAUCAGUUAAUGACGUCCUCUACACACGAGAGAUGACUCUUUAUAUAUUCUUAUAGAAGCAUCGAGAAUAAAUACAACCAAUAAACACUGCAUUAAUCAGAAACCUGAGCCAGAACGUUAACGCCGUUCAUCUCGUAGCGAUGGCGCGCGCGCGCGCUGAUGUCUGGAAUCUUCUAGACGCCAGACGAGAAGUCGGUUCUUGUAGUCGACAUGUUGGAUACAGGACACCUGGGAGACUUUGAUAAGGGUUAGAUGGUUAUGGCCAGACGACUGGACCAUGGAGCAGCGGAAGAAGGUGGGCUGGUCUGAUCUGAUCUGAUCUGAUCUGUUGAAGAGAUGGCUGUCGGAAGAUGACAAACCCGUGGAGGGAGUGUGACGUUCUGCAGGCACUUUGGCGUGUGCCACCGGUCUACACGUUGCAGAGCAGUCCGAUCUGUAUCUGUAGGAUGUGCUGGAAGUCCAAUCUGACUGACGGGAUUUACCCCACAGGGAUCCUUCAGAGGUCUUGUAGAGUCGGAGCUGAUUCGGCAGCACGCAGAAGACCUGCAGCAGAUCAGGCAGACGGUCCUAAUCUCUCGGCUCGUAUCAGCGUUCGUAUUCGUUCCUUUGUAGGACCGUUUGGGGAAAUGUCUAUUUCCUGGCCAGUGUCCAGGCAGGAAGUGAGGAAUUCUGGACAGGAAUUUGGGUCUGUUGGGAAAAUGUUUCUGUUUUAAGCGGUACUUCCUUUAACUGAAGAACCGCUUAAACGCUGUUUAAAUGAGCGCUUUCAGUCUGGAAGCUUUUAAAAAAAAAUUAUCUUCAACAAAAUCAUUUUGUGUUCAGUUUCAGGUUUAUAUUAAUACGCUCAUGCUGAUGUGUUUUCGUUUCUAUAGUAACGGCUCACACACGGGGACUUUUUCAUUUAUGGAAGGAGUCUCCAGUGUUAGUGCAGUGUAACAGUCAGAGUUUUGUAAAGUUUCCCAACACAUGAAAAGGGUUCAGGACUAAGGAGUUUAUGCUUUCUGGUUUCUCUGUAAAAUAAUAUGCGUUUUAGAGAGACGGAGAGAGAGAGAGAGAGAGAGAGAGAGAGAGAGCCAGACAGAGGGAGAGAGACAGACAGACGGAGAGGGAUGGAGAGAGACAGACAGACAGACGGAGAGGGAUGGAGAGAGAAAGACAGACAGGGAGAGAGAGAGAGAGGGAGAGAGACAGACAGGGAGAGAUAGAGAGAGAGAGAGAGAGAGAGAGAGGGAGAGAGACAGACAGACGGAGAGGGAUGGAGAGAGAGAGAUGGAGAGCAACAGACAGACCGAGAGGGAUGGAGAGAGAAAGACAGACAGGGAGAGAUAGAGAGAGACAGAAGGAGAGGGAUGGAGAGAGACAGACAGACGGAGAGGGAUGGAGAGAGACACAGACGGGGAGAGAUAGAGAGAGACAGAAGGAGAGGGAUGGAGAGAGACAGACGGAGAGGGAUGGAGAGAGACAGACAGACGGAGAGGGAUGGAGAGAGACACAGACGGGGAGAGAUAGAGAGAGACAGAAGGAGAGGGAUGGAGAGAGACAGACGGAGAGGGAUGGAGAGAGAGAGACAGACAGACGGAGAGGGAUGGAGAGAGAGAGAUGGAGAGCAACAGACAGACCGAGAGGGAUGGAGAGAGAAAGACAGACAGGGAGAGAUAGAGAGAGACAGAAGGAGAGGGAUGGAGAGAGACAGACAGACGGAGAGGGAUGGAGAGAGACACAGACGGGGAGAGAUAGAGAGAGACAGAAGGAGAGGGAUGGAGAGAGACAGACGGAGAGGGAUGGAGAGAGACAGACAGACGGAGAGGGAUGGAGAGAGACACAGACGGGGAGAGAUAGAGAGAGACAGAAGGAGAGGGAUGGAGAGAGACAGACGGAGAGGGAUGGAGAGAGACAGACGGAGAGGGAUGGAGAGAGACAGACAGACGGAGAGGGAUGGAGAGAGACACAGACGGGGAGAGAUAGAGAGAGACAGAAGGAGAGGGAUGGAGAGAGACAGACGGAGAGGGAUGGAGAGAGACAGACAGACGGGGAGACAGACGGGGAGACAGUGAGAGAGAGAGACAGGGAGAGAGAAAGAGAGAGAUAGACGGGGAGACAGACAGAGAGAGAGACGGACAGAGAGAGAUGGAGAGACAGAAAGUGAGUGAGAGAGAGAAGCGAUGUUCACACACUCGGUGAUGUUCUUGCUGAGAUUUGAUGUGAAGGUGGUGUGGGUGUUGUGCUGUAGCUGAUUUCAGUAUUGUGUAUGAAUGUAAAUAAUUCAGAUUGAAUGUGGUGUCAGUGACUGCGUUUACACGGACAGCAGUAAUCUAAUUAUUGACCUUAUUCUGAAUAAGACAAUAUUCUAAUUAAGGUGUUUACAUGAGUUGCUUUUGGAAUACUCCUUUCAUGUUCCUGUUUUAUGUUCUAGAACAUAAUUAGAUUGACGUCACACGUCAUUACGUCCCCGCGCCACGCCGUCCGACGACCCUCCAGAAUUUCACGCAUCAACACACAGUUAGUCUCCGUUAUGGGACCGUAUACAGUUCUGGGUGUUUUUAUUUUUAAUUUUACGAAAGCUUCAAGUGCGGUUAAUUAUUAGUCGUGCUGUACGCGCUAAUAGACGACUGCUUGAAGCCGUGGGCUGCGUCCCAAACCGCGUAAUUACCGUCUAUAUAGUAGCCGCGAUACAUGUAUUUCUAUACACGAUACAUGUAGGUAAGUACGUGGUUUCGGACACAGCCGUGCUCUUGUUUACCAUCCAACGGUUGAGUAUCAGAGUAUCGUCUUAAUCGGGUUGAUAUCGGAUUAUUGUUGUCCAUGUAAACGUACUGAAGUUCACACUAAUCCACUUCCUCCUGUAGUGUGAGUAUCAGUAAAGUGACACGUGGUCUGUUUC